AUGAAUGGUCAAAAAAUAAGAAAUCAUAGUCAUCCAACAGCUUAUGUAGAAAAGCAUCAUAUUACAAAUGGACUCAAUACAAAUCAAAGUGAUAUUGAUAAGAAUAAUAUCGACAAAAUGGAAUGGAAUGACGGGUUUGCUUUAAACAAUAUGGAUACAAUACCAAAAAAAGUGAAACCAGUGGAACACCAAAUUUUAUCCCAAAAAUUUACUCAAUUAUCUAUAACAACAAAUAAAGAAGAGUCAGCAACGCUAAAAGAUAUUACGGAUGAAAUUAUCAAAAUUCCAGACUUUUUAACAAAACGAAAUAAAUCUUUCAAACAAAUGAUACAUCAAUUAAUAUCAACAGCAACAAUGGAAAUAUCAAAUAAAACAAAAGAAGAAUUACGACAAAUAGCCAUUUUAAUCUAUAAAUUAAUGUUCAUUGAAAUUAAUUAUUCUCUAUGGACCACUUAUUUAAAAUCAGGUACGGGACAACUUAUGAUUCAAUCGGAAAAACAACCAAACUAUUCUACGAAUUUACCUAUAUGGCCCAAAGAAAUUAAAAUCAUGAUACAAAAAUUAGUUAAAAUGAAUGCAACGAAUGAAAACGACAUUUAUAUUAAUUUUAUUAGUAAUAAACUACAUGAACUAGAUAAUCAAUUAAAACAAUAUCAAACCGAAUUGAAUCAGAAAACAAAUAGUUUUCAUGGUUAUACAUUACAACUUCAACAAUUGAUUGAAACAUAUAUUCAACAAAAUUUGUCUUCUUUUCGUAUGGAAAUUGAACAUAAAAUUGAACUUAUCCAUUAUGAUUAUUAUAUUGAAGCGUUAAAAUUAGAAUAUUAUCGCCAAAAUCCAAAUGAAUAUCAAGAACAAUUAAUGAAACAACUUUGUUGUAGUAAAUAUGAACAAGAACUUACAAAACAAGAAUUUGAUUUACUUCAACAAAAAAUUAAUUAUUACAAUUCACCGUGUCAAUCAUUUGAAUGCUCAUCAAUAUGUCAAUCAGAAUUAAUUGAUUCUAUUCAAGAUUCGAAUAUUCGACAGGAAUUAUUCAAUCAAUAUAAGGAAAUUGCUAAACAAUCAAGACUAGAUAUGUUCAAUCUCUAUUUGAAGUCAGCAAAAAUUCAAAUGGAUGAAUGUAAGAAGAAAUUCGAUACUGAUAUGAAAAAACUGUGGUAUGACCGACGCUCUUCUUGUGAUAAUGAAAAAAUAUCGCCAUUUAUGAUCGAUCUUAUCGAACAACGUUGUAAUAAAAUAGGUGACCGUAUUCAAUGUACAUACAUAUUUAAAGCAAAAUCUAUUUGUGUUAAACAUAACUAA